AUGGAUUCGGUUAACCAACAAGACUCACCGCUCUCCAUCGGCGCCAACAUCACAGGCAUCCUCACAUUCGUGGUGGCCAUUGCUGCCGCUAUAUACGCCCGUAUUACAUACCUCCGGAACAGCGACGAUGAGUACUUCCGAGUCAAGACGUCUCUGUCCUGGUACAAAACUGAGUCGACGUGGCUCGCUGAUAUCGUAACGGCCAUCAAUGCCCAGCACGAAAGCUUCCACAAUUACCAGCCUGAGUACCAGAUGUACACCUUUGUUAUGGAUGAUCUACUCAACCUCGAGCGACGCCUGCUAGACUUGGUGACUGACACCGAGACCAAGGCGGCAGUCGGAGACGAGGGCAGAAGAUGGACGCUUGUGCCGCGGAGUUGGCAAGGCGGGAAGACAUCAGUGGCAAUGGCAUGGAUGUCGGUCAGAACCAAGGCGCUGGAGCUCGUAAGGCAGCGGGAGAGUCUGACGGCGAGGGUGCAAUUCAUGCAGAUGAGCAUGAUUUCAUCGAGACUCAGAGAUCUCGAGUCGAGGACAAAGUGGCGGGAAAUGAAGAUGGACGAGAGCUCGCGGAAACUCGAGGCGUUGGUGGAGAACCAACGGGACAGGAUCCGCCGGUUGGAGGAUCUGGUGAGCCAGCUCAUGUGCCCAGACCAGUUUAGUCUGUCGCGGGCAGGGACAUUGAAGAGCCAUAGCAUCAAGAGAUCAGUGUCGAACGAUUUGGUGGAAGAGGAUAGUUCGACCGCAGCCCAAGGGCGGGGCUCUCUUCAUGACAGCGAGAUAUCCGAACUUGUUGCUAAUGUGGACGAGGUAGGGACCGCAGGUGAGGCUCAUGAUGAAGAAGACGGCCUGGCGAAUGCCAUGCUGGUACUUUCGGGGGAUCCCGGGGAUCAGGGUUGGGUUCGCUUCGUGGGGCUGGGCUUGGCGGGCGUCCGCCUGCUCGAAGAGGUUCUUCCCCUGCGCCAUGUCGAGGAGCGUCUGUUCGGAGGGACCGGAGCGAUCCGGUUGCCUGAGCGGGAUGUCCUUGAUGGACUUUUCCUUGCCUCCACCCAGCGCGCGCCGUCUUCAACCGACCGACCGAUCGAACUUCGCUUCCAGCUCCACGAUCUGAGAAGGAAUCCCCUUGUCCCCCACUGCAACCGCGACAUGGACUUGCACUACCUCAUCCUCGCGGUUCUCGCCGUGGUACUCCCGUCCUUCUACAUCCUCACCGCGAACGUUGCGUCGUCCCGCCUCCCGACCCUGAAGAACAAGCGCAUCUGCCUCCUCAUCGCCCACCCCGACGACGAGGCCAUGUUCUUCGCGCCGACGAUCCUCGCCCUAACCCGACCCGACACCGGAAACCAUGUCAAGAUCUUGUGUUUGAGCACCGGGAACGCCGACGGCCUGGGAGAGACGCGCAAGAAGGAACUCGUCAAGAGCGGCUUGACUUUGGGUCUGCACGACGAGGACGAUGUGUUUGUGCUCGAUAACCCAACCGACUUCCCCGACUCAAUGACGACCGUAUGGGAUCGCAACAAGAUCGCAGGCCUCUUGGGUAGCGCCUUUGCGCCGCUGCUUGCUCGCGAGCGCACCGAAGACGCCGCCCAGCCGACGGCCAAUAUCGACGUCCUCAUCACCUUCGAUUCCCACGGUGUCUCGUCGCACCCCAACCACAUCUCCCUGUUCUACGGCGCACGAACCUUCAUCGCCGGCCUCACCCAGGGCAAGCCCGAGUGGAAGAACCCGGUCGACCUCUAUACCCUCAGCACCGUCAACUUCGCCCGCAAGUACGUUUCCUUCCUCGACACAUUUGUGACGUUGCUUCGCUCUAGGGGCGUCGUCACUGAAAACGAAGCUCGCCCGGGCGGCCUCGUCUUCUUCAACUCGCUCGUCGGCAGCAACGCCCUGGGCACCGCCUGGCAGGCUAUGACGGAGGCGCACAAGAGCCAGAUGGUCUGGUUCCGCUACGGCUGGAUCACCUUCAGCCGCUACAUGGUCAUCAACGACCUACGCCUUGAAAAGUUCCCCAAGUGACCCAUCCGCAUUAGGGCCAUGGCGCUACCGCAUAUUGCCGGGAGCUUGUUGGGUCGCCGGUUCAACUGGCAUGACAUGUUUGCUGUAAGAUACGCUACACGUAUGCAAUCCCAUCUGCUCUCAGGAGAAAUCAAUAGAGACAAGGAAAAGAAGAGGGGGAAGGACAGAUCGCAGCUAAGCUCCGCUUUCUACGUUGUUGGGUGGGUGGUAUUUAAGGCACUAUCUUUGAGCCAUGUUGUAUAACACAUAUUUGCAGAUUACAUAGCUCUCAUCCUCACAUCAUCAGUCUCGUCGACAUUAUGAC